AUGGCCUUUACAAUGCAUUCCCACUCGGGCCAGUUCUGCCCUGGCCAUGCCGUCGACCAGCUGGAGGACAUUGUCCUGCAUGCCAUUUCGCUUGGGUAUAAGACCAUGGGCCUUACCGAGCAUAUGCCUCGCUAUGAGGAGCGGGAUCUAUAUCCUGAAGAGCUCUCCGACCCCCAAACCUCCCUCCAAACCCUCCCCAAACUCCACGCAUCCUACCUCCUCGAAGCCCGCCGCCUGCAACGCCAAUACAGCACCCAGAUCCACAUCCUCAUCGCCUUCGAAGCAGAAUUCAUCCGCCCCUCCUACGCAGCCCACGUCCGCGCCCUCUUCGACGCCUCCCCCCUCGUCGACUACUUCAUCGGCUCCGUGCACCACGUCCACGGCAUCCCCAUCGACUACGACAAGCCCACCUACGCCGCCGCCCUCGCCGCCACGUCAAAUCACUCCGAGGAACAGCUCUACGCCGAUUACUAUGACUUGCAGUUUGACAUGCUCAGGGCGCUCAAGCCGCGCGUCGUGGGGCACUUUGACUUGAUUCGCCUCAUGAGCGAGGAUCCGGGGAGGGAUCCGAGACUGUGGCCUGCCGUGUGGGAAAAGAUUUGUCGGAAUCUGGAGUAUGCGGUGGAGAUUGGGGCGUGGCUUGAGUGCAAUACUGCGGCGUUGAGGAAGGGUCUCGACGAGCCUUAUCCGGGACGAGUCAUCUCAGAGAAAUGGCUUCAGCUCGGCGGAAAGUUCACAAUGUCCGACGACAGCCAUGGAAUCGCGCAAGUCGCUACGAAUUACAGCCGCGGCCUGGCAUUCCUCGAGAGUCUCGGCGUCGAGCAUGUCUGGACCUUUCAGCGGCAGAAUCAUCCCGACGCUGGAGAAGACGCAAAAGCGACGCUCAACGAUGUGGCCGUGUCUCUAAAGGAGUUUCGGCAGCACUUUUGA